AUGCCGGUCCAAAUCGCCGUUAUCGGCGCCGGCAUCACCGGCCUGAGCGCAGCCCUGCGCCUGGUCGAGGAGCUCGGCGACACGGUUGAGGUGACGGUGGUGGCACGCGACUUCCCGGCACCGGCUGAGAGCUUCUUCUUUGACGCGCCGGCAGCAGUGAACUUUUCGUCGCCAUGGGCCGGCGCCCACAACCGCUGGGUGCUCUGGGUGGCAGACGGGACGGCCGAGGCGGCGGCCCAGGCACGCGACCACGGCUUUGCGCUGGCGACAUACCGCCAUAUGCAGGCAGUGCAGGCCCAGAAUCCCGAGGCCGGCAUCACCUUUCUGCCGGGCAUCGAGUAUCUGGAGGCGCCAGGACCCGAAUACACGCAGCUGGCCGACGAGGCCGUGCAGACGGCGCUGGGCUUCCACGACGCCGAUCUGGGCCUGGGUUUCCGGCUGCUGGGCGCGGACGAGUUCCCGGCCGCCGAGGCUGGCUCCAACGCGGUCGUCUUUGGCCUCACGUACCGCACCUGGUGCGUCAACCCGAUGGUCUACUGCGCCUUUUUGCUGCGCCGCUUCUCGGCUGCUGGAGGUCACGUGCAGAAGCGCGAGUUGCGCAGUCCGAGCGAGCUGCUGCAGGCCACCUUCGACCUCGUCGUCAACUGUUCCGGCAACGGCUUCGGCGACGACACCAACAUGUUCAUCACGCGCGGCCAGACCUGUCUGGUGCGCAACCGCUGCGACGCCACCGUCACGCGGCAGAGCGCUGACGGCAGCUGGUCCUUCUCGGUGCCGCGCUUCUACGAUGGCGGCACCAUCAUCGGCGGCACCAAGGAGCCCGACAACUGGGACGCGACCCCAUCGCUGGCCGUUCGCGAGCACCUGCUCUCCCGCUUCGCCGCCACCUACCCGUCUGUGCUGCAGGGCGGCAGCACGCCUGGCCGCUUCGACGUCAUCGCCGAUGUCGUCGGCCGGCGUCCCACUCGACGCGGAGGCAUGCGGCUCGAGACCGAGGCCACGGCCAAAGGUCCCAUCGUGCACGCCUAUGGCGUCGGUGGUCGCGGCUACGAGAUCUCCUGGGGCGUUGCCGGCGCUGUGGUUGGCCUCGUCCAGGAACAGCUCAAGAGGACCGGCCGGAAACCGUUUGCAGCCAGCCUGUAG